UGCAAGAACAGAGGCUGUUUGACUUUCAAGACUUGUGGAACUAAAGGUGGUUUCAAAAAAUUAUACUUAAUUUUCUACAAUCAGUUCGCCUUUAAUUUGGGUUCUGCAUGAAUAUGCAUCUGUUUAUUGUGAGCGUCCUCACUGUGCUGCUGGCGAUGAGCUUUCCAUUCGCCAUUUCUGAAGUUUUAGAAGCUUUCACCAAAUGUAAAGAGUUUUUCUAUAAAGAACAGCCUCCGGUGAUUUCUGGCAUCCUGGAAACACGCUCUCGGAAUAAUCAUUACAAAAUAAUCUGUCAAAAAUAUCAUAAAAUGUACAAAUUUGCAACAUUCUACAACACAGAAAAUAGGAUUCCUGUUUUCUCAGCUUACAAAUAUACUGGGCAAAGUACACCGUUCAAAAGACCAAGGAUUCCAUGGAUGGUUGAGCCUCAGCUUGAUCCUCCUGUUGAUGACAUGACUCUUCCAUAUGCAAACCAGGCUAUCAGUGAAGACUACAACAAUAUCCGCGAUCAUGUGAAUCGCGGCCACUUGUUUCCCUGUGGUCAUGCGGCUGAUGAAGUCACUGCUAACUCUACAUUCACACUGACCAACAUUGUGCCACAGAAGAUCAGCUUUAAUGCCGGCAGUUGGAAUCGCAUGGAAAACGAAAUUAAAGACAUCAUGAAUAAGUAUUGCUAUGACAAUAAUGAAGUUUUAGCCCAUGUGCUGACAGGAGCUAUACCUGGCAAGAGUAAACUGAAUGAGAGAGUCAACGUUCCCUCCUACUUGUGGACGGCAUUCUGCUGCUACAACAGAACAGGAAAUUCAUGGGUCUCCCAAGCUUACUGGGCCCCAAACGUAGGAGAAGACAAAAAUAAAGUCAAAACUAUCAAUAAAACGAGCUUGCAGAAAUUACAGGAAUUUCUGAGUCAACAAUUGAUGACUAAAGUACAGCUGUUUAAUAACAACUGUGCAAAAAAGCAUACAACCAACUAAAAGUAGCAGAAGGAUUCAUAUGCUCAUUGAAUUAUCAUUUAUUCUGUUUGUAGGAUUAGAAACAAUUAGCAAAAUUAUCUUUUAUCUCCAAAAUCCUACCUUGGCAUUCUAUAAUACUGCUUUUAACUCUGUAGCAUCUACAUUACAGUACUUUGGAAAAUAUGUCAAGUCUGCUAUGGGACUGUGUGUUUAAUAAAGUUUGUGCAAA